CGGUGUCAAGUUCCACAGCCUCAAUUACCAGCUUCUGCCAUAUGCAUGACCAGUACGCUCGGAUGUGUAGCAGACCGUCAUUCGCUAUGCAUUCAAGGCCGGGACCUAGUGAGAUCCGUGGCGAGAGCACUGUCUACAAAACCAGACAGUUGUCGAGCAAGAUGGUCUCAUCGAAGUUCUACUCCGAAGAAGAAGCAACAGCAACAUGGGCAACUGGAAGAACAUCAACACUAUUGUCGACAACCAGUUGUACCUGGGAACCAUUGAGGCAGCGAAGUCUCCCCGAACACUAUCAGAACGACGGAUCACUCACAUAGUCUCCGUUGGCACCGAGCCUAUACCUGCCGAUAAUCCCGCUUCUGGAAUCCGACAACUACGUAUACCAAUUGAGGAUGUUGACUAUGCCGAUCUCCUCAUUCACCUUCCGACUGCUUGCCGAUUCAUUCAUGAGGCCAUUUCCAAUGGAGGAGUAGUUCUUGUUCAUUGCGUGCAGGGUUUAUCUCGAAGCGCCGCCGUUGUUGCUGCCUUUCUCAUGUGGUCGCGUCGCAUGCGUCCAACUGACGCUAUCGAGACGGUUCGGCGAGCUCGUGAGCAAGUUUGGAUUAACCCAGGUUUCCAGGAACAACUCGUUCUAUUUGAGUUGUGCCGAUACGCCCCCUCCCCAUCAGAAGGAAUAUACCAGAACUGGAAGAGAGGAGUACAACGUGCUCUACGAUAGUCUAUUGACCGUUACCUUUCUCAAUCCAAAUAGUUGUCUUGCUUUCCUGGCAUUGUUCAAUGUUUCUAGUUGAAGGACUCUAGAUUCAUGCAUCUUGCUCUAUCUUCUUGUUUCGGCCUUUUUCUCAACAUAGAAGUUCUCCUCUGUCAGUUUCUGUAGUUACAUCUGCCUAAUAGCUUACAGUAUGCGUCUGUACUUGUAUGAGGUUAUAUCAUCAUUGUUGUAAUGGUACUAGUAUUCGGUUAUGUUCCUGACGU